GGCUGUGGGAGAUCACGGGUGGUAGAAUAAAAAACACUGGAGGUAAGGCGGCAGGAUCUUUUCGGGGAUUUUUCUUAGUUUUUAUAAAACUAACAAAACCAUGACAAGGCAGCUUUUUUAUAUGCAUUAAAACAAUGUCUUUUAACAUUGCACAGUACUGUAUUUGUCAGCAUAAAGAGACAUCUAAAUACUGUAAUGUGGUUUAUGUUUUUAGGAGUGUAAUACAAUAAAAAAUAAAGUAUUACUAUAGAAAAUAGUAUUUUUAAAUAUAUUUGCAGUUUAUCAGAAACCCUUUUUCCUUAAUAUGCGUAGGCUGACUAGAGAAAUGACAUUCUUGACCACUGUGACAGAUUUUCAGUGAAUCCUAAAUUAAAAAAAAAAAAAAAUCAAAAUCCUCUUAAGUUAUUCUUUAAUUGCAGAAAGUAUUUGUUUAAAAUUGUAUACAUUUUUAGGUAUUGUAAAACUACCAUAUCUGUUUAUACUGAAUAUAUCUAACUGUGACUCUUUUCAAAGCGUUCUACAAGAUGAGUGCUCUUAAUGUGGUUACAGUCCAUAACAGCAUGCAUUUUGAAGAUGUAGAAAAGCAUCUAAAAUGUGGAGAACAGGCUGUGACAGAUGAAGAUACUGAGGAGAAUGAUUGCAUUGGCUCUGAAAACACUUCCAGCAAGAGACAGGAGGCAGUGAUCACACAGGAGCUGGGUGAAGAAGACACUUUAGAAAAUAAAGACCAUCUCCCAGACAGUAUGAGUGACGUGAUUUACUAUGUAUCUCCUCUGGAGUCUAUUAAAGAGUUGGAUGAAAUGGAUGGGAAAGAGGAAGUGUCUACAAUUGAAAGAUGCCCAGGAGAUGGGGCUGCCAAGAUCAAAGAGAAAGCUGCUGAUAGAGAAGUCACUGCUCCUCAAGAGGAAGAGGAAGAGGAGAACUAUCUGGCAAGCAUGGAUGACUCAAUGCAAGCAUAUUUAGGAGCUCUCCUUGGUGAUAAUGGAGGUGUUUUACCUGCAGAUCACGCCUAUACAAACACUGAUAGUGCUCACUCUGAUCAUAUCACUCCUGGAGGUGAGGAAGACCAUGGGACUUCAGUGAGUGCACUGCUAGAGGAGGGAAGAUGGGAACAAAUUGUUGCAUCAGACUCUAAGGGAGGGAGCAAGGCUGUAGAGGAGCAUUGCCCAUUAAUCGAGAAAGUGGGUGAGGACAACUUUUGUCACAUUACAAAUUCUACAGAUUGUAGGCUGGAUUGUGAUUCUCUUGGGGAAUUGCAGGCUCUCAAGCUAAAGCAUGCUUCUCACCAGACUGAAAUAAACAUACUGUGCGCUGAGCUGAAUGACUCCAAAGUGAGGAUACGGGAGCUGCAAUCAGAGCUGAACUCUGUGAAACUGAAAGACGAGGACCAUGUCCACAGAAUCAGGGAGCUGGAAACUGAAGCAGCUAAUAGUACUCUAAUUGAAGUGCUUACUGAGUGCAAGUCAAAGGUGGAACAAUUGGAGGAGCAAAAAUAUUCAUCACAACAACUGGCCAUUCAGCUUCAAGAGGUGAACAGGAUCGUCGGCCACUUGCAGAAAAGAAUUGAUUAUCUGGAGGAAGACAAGAAUAAGAAACCUGUGGAUAUUGUCAACCUGACGGAUCAGCUGGCAGAGACCAGGGGGGUGAGAGAUCAGAGCGAGGAGAUGGAGAACACCAAGGUGCUGGUGCGGACCUUGAGCGAGCAGCUCGGAAACAACCCGGAUCACAUGAGCAGCCACAUUAGUGCUCAGUCUCGGAGACAAGCCAAACAAGACGGAAGCGAUUCCAAAGUCUGUGUGCUCUUGUGAUAACAAACCAGCAGCACCCUGCCCAAAGUAAGCUAGUGGCACAAAUUGUUCCAUUGUUCUGAAUGUAAGAGUGUUGAAGAGAUGAUUAUAAGUUUAGAUCAUAAAGACUAAAUAAUUCUAAAUCUUCUGUACAUAGUCUAAUGUAUCACGUGCUUCAGCCGUAGUGUUCUAGUUUUUUUUUUUUAAAUGUUUGACAUGUUUGCAAAGGGUGUUGAAUUUGAAAAGGAAAAUAUCAGCUGUGUAGGUGUUUCAUGUAAAAUAUGAUCAGUAUCACGAGAUGAGAAUGCAGGUUCUAUACUGAGGGGUAGUGCAAGGGAAGCUAUAAUCAUGUGAACCAUUGGUACACCAGUGGUAACUUUAUUUUUAUAUCAAAAAGUCUGAACCAACACGCAAGCAAUCUGUUGCAUAUCCCAAAUACCUCCUGGUUCAAUAACAGAUCAACUUUGAGCUUUUUUUUUUGUUGAUGAUUUGCAUUUUAAUGGAUUAAGGAUAUAUGUUUUACUUCAUAAGAAGAUUUUGU